UAUUAAUGACGUCAUCCAUGGGUGUCAGGUGACAAAACAAGGGGGAGACUGUACUUCCUGGAGCUCCGGGACCGACAGAGCAGACUGACGAGCCGACAGCAGAAUUUUGAUUUGAAAGAAUCAGCGCGGAGGAAGUAUGGAGGAUGAUGAACUUCCGUCAGCGGAUGGGAUGGGUGGGCGUGGCUCUCUACCUGCUGCUCAGCGUCAUGGCGGUGUACUAUGUAUUUGAGGUUCACAGUUUCAGUCUGGAGCACGUGCAGAGAGGCGUGGUCGACCCGUCGGCUCCACCCCUCGCCGUCAGCUGGUCUCAGAGCGUCAGCGCUCGUCUGCCGCCACUUCCUGUCUGGAUAUGGGCAUCAGUCUUCCUGCUGCCGUACCUGCAGCUCUUCCUCUUCCUGUUCUCCUGUACAAGAGCCGACCCUCGAGCAGUUGGAUACUGCGUCCUUCCUGUCUGCCUCGCCUUGCUCUGCAGCCGCCACGCCACCCGCAAACCGGCCAAUCAGAGGGGUCAGCCGCUCAUCGACACGUAGAGAGGAGGACAACCGAUCAGAGAGGCCAGCCGCUCAUUGACACUAAGAGAGGAGGCGACCAAUCAGAGAGGCCCGUCCCUCUGACAACAAACUGAACUGUUUGUGUUGUUUGUGAUGUCACUUCCUGUGUGCCUUUAAACAGAUUAACAAACUGUCCUGUGACAUUUGAACCCUUCGCCCUGUCUGCCAGGAGCUAACGCUAGGACUGCCCUGAAUAUUGUCUUUCAGAACACAUAGUACUGCCCUGAGUGUCGCCUGUCAGGCAGCUGUCAGUUUAUUAUCGUAACUCUACAGAUGCUGUGCUGUGAUUGGCUGGAGGAUGUUUAGUAUGCGCCUGUCUGUGGUCACUUCAGCCCAUAGUUACCUGAAGCAUCAGUGCUGUUGCUAUGGUUACAUGCAGUUAAGAAUUUAGAAUGGAACUUGAACUACUGACCUGACAGCUGCCGGCCAAUCACAAGAUGAGUCACAUGACACGCUGGUCACCGUCAUAACUUUAUUACAACAUCAGUGAAAUGAAAAAAACAUACUGCAGAGUUUUUAUAAAGAUUUGUAAUUUGUUUUACUAAGAAAAAAAAAACCUGUAUUUAUCAUCAGCGACUUCAGGAACAGAUGCAGGAGGCAGAAAUACAGAGUGACACACAGUGAGCAGCCGCUGGGCUCAGGGGGCGGACUGAGAAUUAAACUGACAGAAAAAUGAAUGGAGUCUGGCACAGAGAGGCUGCAGAGCUCAGCUGCAGCGAACUGAGGUCAAAUCAGUUUUGAUGUUCAUGUUUAAGUUAUAAAAAAAACUACAAACCAACAGGUGUAAAACUGACAGAGGAGGAGGAGUGUGGCACAGAGAGGAAGGAGAUGAAGCCAGGUCAGUGUUCAGUGUUACAGCAGGGUCACAGAUACAGAGUGUCUGGUGGAGCCACAGUGACUCUCAUACUGGUCUAAUGUCGUGUUUAUGGUGCAGAGAUAAAUGAACACAGAGGACUUUAAUCUGGAGUCUGGCACACACGCUGACGUACUGGGUGAUUAUUGAUUUGAUUUUCAGUAUUGACAAAAUAUCAAUCAUGUAAUCGUCACUAUUGAUUGAUUUUCCUUACCGUCUGGGGGAUGUAUAGAUUAUUGAUCACAGUGAUUACUGGUUGAUUUGUUUUCUUUUGGUAUAGAUGAUGUAUGGAUGAUGUAUUGAUCACAUAUUAAUUAUUGAUUGAUUGAACAUAAACGAUCUGUCAGCAGUGCGACAUGAGAACGAUCCACUCGACAGUCUGAGACACGAGAGACAAAUAAUGAAACAUCUGAACAUGAACGUUAAGAAUGUUUAAUUAAAGGAAUAUCUCUGAUCAUCUGUGUGUGUGUGUGUGUGUGUGUGUGUGUGUGUGUGUGUGUGUGUGUGUGUGUGUGUGUGUGUGUGUGUGUGUGU